AUGGAACAGGCCUUCACCAAUGUAAUAGUUCACAAUGAUGAAAGGCCAAAGGUGGAUCUCCCUAGUCAAGGGAGGCCUUCCGCCCAGACGAAUGGGGUCGUGGCGGAGGGGCGUGAUACCCACGGUUCUAAUGCUGAUCCAGUCCCAUUUCCAAUUGCUAUAGUUGGUAUGGGAAUGAGACUUCCUGGAAACGUUAACUGCACAGAAGAUUUUUGGGAUUUUCUCAUUAACAAACGUGAUGGUCUUUGUCGAGUACCGGACUCAAGAUAUAACGUCGAAGCGUUCUACGAUGAAUCCAGACCGGGCGCAAUACGGACGAAAAACGGCCAUUUUCUGCAUCAGGAUAUUUCCCAGCUGGAUAACGUAUUCUUUGGUAUAGGGAAACCGGAAGCAGAAAAACUCGACCCCCAACAAAGGCUUCUGCUUGAAGUUGUUUGGGAGUGUAUGGAAAAUGCCGGCCAGGUUAAUUGGCAAGGAUCCAACAUUGGCUGCUACGUGGGUGUCUUUGGAGAGGAUUGGUUGGAUAUUUUGAGUAAAGACUCCUUGCAACAUGACCGAUUCCGUGUUAUGAGUGCUGGGGACUUCGCUCUUUCGAAUCGUGUCUCUUAUAUAUACGAUUUGCAUGGACCCAGUGUCACUCUCCGAACAGGCUGUUCCUCGUCAAUGGUGGGAUUACACGAUGCCUGUCAAGCUUUAUACGCUGGUGAUUGCUCUUCUGCCCUUGUCGCAGGAACCAACCUUAUCAUGGGGCCGACUAUGACGACAACAAUGUCCGAGAAUAUGGUCCUUUCAACCAGUGGCAUUUGCAGAACAUUUGACGCUGCAGCCGACGGAUAUGGUCGAGGUGAGGCCAUCAAUGUGAUUUACAUCAAGCCAUUACAUGAUGCACUUCGAGAAGGCGACCCGAUACGUGCGGUUAUUCGUUCCACCGCGGUAAAUUGUGACGGCAAGACGCCUACCAUUUCAACACCAGGCUCCGAAGCCCAAGAGAGACUUAUAAGGCACGCAUACCAGAAAGCGAGAAUUAAGGGCGAAGAGGUUUCAAAGACCGCGUUCUUUGAGUGCCACGGUACAGGCACGAUUGUAGGAGACACGGUAGAAGCAUCGGUUGUGGCCAACAUCUUCGGCAAUGAGGGAAUUUACAUUGGCGCGGUUAAGCCCAACGUCGGCCACUCCGAGGGCGCCUCAGGCAUUACAAGUAUUAUCAAAUGCGUCUUGGCGCUUGAGCACAACACAAUCCCUCCAAAUGUCCAUUUCCACACUCCGAAUCCCAAGAUCCCAUUUGAUAGCGCCAAACUCGAUGUGCCGGUCUCCCCGUUAUCGUGGCCAGCCGGCAAACGCGAGAGAGUGAGCGUCAACUCGUUUGUGUCGAAAGACCUUGCUCACACCCUUGCACGGAGGCGCGUCCAUCUCGGAAAUAGGGCGUUUGCACUUUUGAGCGAAAAUGGGCUCGUCUCCAAAUUUGAGAAGUCACAAUCUAUUGCGCCACGUGUGGUCUUCGUAUUCACUGGUCAAGGAGCGCAGUGGCCUAGAAUGGGACGGGACCUAAUGGCGCGGUUUGGCAAAUUCCGGCAGGACAUUCAGGCUCUUGAUGGAGUCCUGCAAAGCCUGGAACCGGCUCCAGCAUGGAGUAUCCAAGAGGAAUUGUCAAGAGAAGAAGACACUAGCAGAGUUGGAGAAGCUGAGUUUGCGCAGCCUCUUUGCACUGCCAUUCAGGUAGCUCUGGUGAAUUUACUGCGCAGCUGGGAUAUCGUCCCUUCAGCUGUAGUGGGACACUCGAGCGGGGAAAUCGCUGCCGCUUAUGCGUCAGGGGCUAUAACCGCAAGCCUUGCUAUCAUCCUGUCGUACUUCAGGGGUUAUUCAGUAAAGGCAGUAUCAUCUAUUCCCGGGGCAAUGGCCGCAGUGGGGAUGUCGCCGGAACAGGCCAGGCCUUAUUUACGACCAGGUGUAACAAUUGCUUGCGAAAAUAGCCCGAAGAGUAUCACCCUUUCCGGCGACAAGGAGGUAUUGGAUGGUAUUCUAUCCCAAAUGCACCUCGAAGACAAAAACUUGUUUUCCAGGCGUCUGUUAGUGGACAUUGCAUAUCACUCUCAUCAUAUGACAGAGCCAGCAGAAGCGUAUAGGGCACAUAUUUUGCCCCAUAUAUCGCACAAUGAUUCUAUGGUACCUCUUUACUCAACUGUUACCGGAAACAUUAUUUUCAAUCCCUUGAGAUUAAAUGCAGAGUACUGGUGCCGGAACUUACAGUCUGCUGUUUUGUUCGGACCCGCGAUCCGGCAGAUCUUAAAGGACGAUGUUUCAGCUCAACUGUUUUUAGAGAUUGGACCUCACUCUGCAUUGGCAGGACCUAUACGGCAGUGCUUUCAGUAUGAGUCUACCACGAAAAAUGAUAACUUUUACGUAGCUACACUGCGCAGAAACAUUGGAGGGUGGGAGGCUCUCAUGGAAACAGCUGGGCGUCUAUUCUGCCACGGCGCUCCUAUCAAUCUUUCGCAUGUGGUAGAAGAGGGUAAGGUGUUGACCAACCUUCCCCGCUACCCGUGGCAGCAUGAAGGAAGGCUGUGGAGUGAAAGUCGGCUAGCUCAUGACUGGAGGCUCCGGGAGGCUCCGUAUCACGAACUCCUGGGUUGCCGCGGCCUUGAGUCGACCUGUGUGGAGCCGUCGUGGAGGAAUCUCCUACAACCAGAUCAGAUCUCAUGGCUUGGAGAUCAUAGGAUUUGCAAGGAAGUAGUGUUUCCUUGCGCUGCCUAUAUUGGAAUGGUGGGUGAAGCCAUCCGUCAAAUUACUGGCUCUCUGGACUUCACUGUAAAGAACUUAUUUAUGAAAACAGCGUUGACAAUUGUACCAUCUGACACUACUGAACUUGUCACAAGCAUGCGACCAGGAAAACUAGCUGAUGAUGUUGAUUCCGUUUGGUAUGAUUUUGCAAUAUUUGCCUACCAAAAGGACUCAUGGAAGAGGUACUGCGUCGGGAAAGUAAGGCCGGGGCCAGACAAAGAAUAUCACGCCAGAAACAUCCCCAUCCAUUCCAGACAUGUUGAAUCGGAAAAAUGGUACAGUGCCCUAGAGGGACGCGGUUUGGAAUACGGACCUCAAUUUCGCCGACUUGAGUGUAUAUCUGCUUGUCCAACUGCGGCAAGAGCAACUGCUACUAUAAGUAGUGAUGAUGCCUAUGCUAGCUGUUAUUCACUUCAUCCCACUGUCAUUGAUCAAAGUCUACAGUUGCUCAGUGUAGCAGCGACUAAUGGUAUACCUCGGCGAAUGACUAGACUAUGCAUCCCCAUGGCCAUUGAAGAACUUUAUAUUGGCCCAGGGAGUGGAAAAAUGUCGCUUGCAGUAUCCUGUGAUGAAUCGGGUGGUGCUUUACUUGGCAAUGGCGUUGUUAUGGCCGGAGAACAAGUCGUCCUUUCUCUAUCUAAGGGAUUGUUUUUUAAUAUUCAGGACCCUGAUCUUGCCAGUCCUAAACUUCCCUUGGCAUCGACAUCACAUUGGAAGCCUCACAUUGAUUUUAUCCCUUGUGAAAGUUGGCUACCAGACUCAAGAAUCGAUAUAUGUCUUGGACAAAAUCUCAGCAGACUUGCAUAUUUGUGCAUCGCAGAGACAUACCACCGGACAGUUUCAUCGGUUCCUAAAGCCGUGCACUUGAAGAAAUGGCACUCUUGGAUACAGUCACAGUAUGAAAACCUCUGUCGCGGUGGGCCAGAUUUACUUUCUGAAGCAACGAAUGUCGCCACCAUGAAUGACCAUGAGCGCAGGAUAGCGCUUGAGAGCUACCAAUGUGUGUCGAAGGAUUCAAUGGAACUUCCAAGCUAUCAGCUAUGCUGCAGGUUGCUUCGGUCGAUCAAUGGUGUAUUGGAUGGCCAAGUGGAGCCUUUUAAUCUCCUCAUGGAAAAUGGCACACUGAAAUCAUUCUAUGAAAAAGCAUCGGCUUCUACACAAUGGAAUGAAUUCCUAACAGCGCUUGGACACUCUAAUCCUUUACUUCGGGUCUUGGAAAUAGGUGGUGGGACUGGAGGAGAUGCGGCCAUGGCUUUGAAAGGAUUAACAUUAGAUCAUGGCAAUCGAUUGUAUUCCAAAUACACAUUUACUGAUGUGUCUCCUGGAUUCUUACCAGAGGCAAAGGAGCGAUUCAAGUCAUACCCGAGUAUUGCAUACGCUACUUUGGACAUCAGUAACGACCCCAUUGAACAAGGGUUUGAAGCGGAAAGCUAUGACUUAAUCAUUGCGUCGAAUGUUUUGCAUGCCACACCAAAUAUUUCUAAAUCCCUGGCACAUACAAGACGACUACUCGCCCCCGGCGGUCACCUACUGCUCAUUGAGCUGGUUCCUCAGAUGCCACUUAUUGACUACAUUAUGGGCCUACUUCCAGGGUGGUGGCUCGGGGAAGGCGAUGAGCGUGCUGAGAAGCCGUAUAUAUCCAUUGAUCAAUGGCAUAAAAGGCUAAUUGAUGCCAACUUCACUGGCGUGGAUGCAUUGUUACACGAUAAUCAAAUGCCAUACCAAUUGACGGCACACAUCGUGUCAAGACCUGUGCCAGUGAAACGACCUGUCAAAGAAUCUGUUUGUCUCUACUAUCGUGUAGCAAUUACCCCUUGGGCGCUAGACCUGGAAAACCAACUUACUGAGGCCGGAUAUGCUGUCAGCUGGUAUAGCCUACAGCACCCACCACCGCCCGGGUCAAACGUAAUAUCAUUGAUUGAUCUUGAUGGGCCCUUUUUCGACCAAAUGACGGAAACUGAAUUUAACAUCUUACAAUCUUUUAUAUCUAAUAUGAGCAAUAACCACAUAUUAUGGGUCACCAGAUCUGUACAGAUGGGAUGCGAAGAUCCUCGAUUUGCGUUAACGCUGGGUGUCAUAAGAACUUGUCGUCAUGAAGUGACUCGGGACUUUGCGACUCUUGAAGUUGACCAGAUCGAUGAUCGUGCCAUACGACCAGUGGUUCAGGUAUUUGAAAAGCUUCUAGCCCAGAGCGACAAGCCAAUGAUCUACCGGGACUUAGAAUUUGCUCUCAAGGAUAGCAUUGUCUAUGUGAAUAGAUUUCACUGGAGUUCCCUUGAUGACCAGCUCACCGAAGUACCUGAUCCUAAGAGCUCGCGAGUGUUAGAUAUUGGUGCAUAUGCAAUUCUAGAUUCAUUAAUGUGGUCGUGCACGGACUUAAUGCCCGUUAAGCUAGGUGACGAGGAUGUUGAAAUAGACAUCAAGUACGUUGGACUUAACUUUAGGGACAUGAUGGAGGUUAUGGGCUUCAUAGGGAGCAAGGAUGAUAUCGGUCUGGAAGCCAGUGGCAUCGUUCGUCGAGUUGGCUCUGCCGUCAACACACUGUCUGUCGGAGACAGGGUAAUGGUUUUAGGCAGAGGGCUGGCAUGCACACGAAAGGUUGUUCACGCGGAACGUUGCCUGCCUAUCCCAGACGAGCUGUCCCUCGAAGAUGCUGCUGCCGUGAGCUGCGUCUAUGCCACGGUAAUAUACGCACUUAUCUAUAUUGGAAACCUCCAGAAAGGUCAAUCAGUCUUAAUCCAUUCUGCGUGUGGAGGAGUAGGAUUGGCGGCUAUUCAAAUUUGCCAAAUGAAGGGUGCUGAGAUCUACGCGUCGGUUGGAAGUGAAGCAAAAGUACAAUUUCUCAUUGAAACAGUGGGAAUACCACGCGAUCGAAUAUUUAACUCGCGCAAUUCUUCAUUUUUUCCUGGUGUUUUAGAGAAGACCCACGGCAGGGGUGUGGAUCUUGUCCUAAACUCACUGUCGGGUGAGUUGCUACAUGCAUCAUGGAAAUGUGUUGCCAAGUCAGGAAAAAUGCUGGAGCUGGGAAAACGCGACUUUAUUGGCCAUGGAAAAUUAGACAUGGAUCUGUUCUCUGACAAUCGCUCGUUCGUCGGCGUGGACCUACUCCAGCUACUUGAUGAUAGCCCGGCACUGCUACGUCAAAUAACGAAGGAUAUGAUUUCAUACUUUGUAACAGGAAGUGCACAACCUAUAAGACCAAUCCAUACAUACAAAGCAGUCAAUGUGCAAAAGGCUUUCAGAUACAUGCAAAGCGGACAGAACAUGGGUAAAAUUAUUAUACAGAUGCCGGAAAACCCAGCAACUCUUCCUGUGUCGCGGUUGCACGAGUCAACUCCAUAUUUUAAAUCUUCUGCUUCUUACCUGUUAGUCGGGGGCCUUGGUGGCCUUGGUCGGGCGAUAGCAACGUGGAUGGUAGAGAAAGGAGCUCGGCAACUAGUUUUUCUCUCACGGUCCGAUUCAACAUCAGCAAAGCGACAGGCAUUCAUUGAAGAUCUGGAGAACCAAGGUUGUAAAGUAACCACGAUAACAGGCAGUGUCGUGGAUAUGGAGGAUGUCCGACGAGCAGUAUCUUUGGCCCCAAAACCGAUUGCAGGUGUUAUUCAAUUGUCCAUGGUGUUGAAGGAUCAAACACUAAACAAAAUGUCAUAUGAGGAAUGGAUUACCGCCCUUGGUCCCAAGGUUCAAGGAACAUGGAACCUCCAUAAUGCGUUAGAACACACGCCGUUGGACUUUUUUGUUCUCAUGGGUUCGCUGGUAGGCAUGUGUGGCUGGACUGGACAAGCAAACUACGGAGCGGCAAAUGCUUUCCUCGAUUCGUUCGUCCAGUAUCGUCAGUCGAAGGGCUUGGUCGCCAGUGGUAUUGAUCUUGGUCUCAUGAAGGAUAUUGGAUACGUUUCAGAAUCUUCGCUCCAGGGAACAUUCUCAAGGGCGCGUGGAAGCUCUAUUCUGAUGCUGGAAGAGACGCAUUUACUGCAGGCCAUGGAGAAGGCAAUAUUUUCAUCUCGUUUCAAUACGCCAAGCCAGCUGCUCGUUGGGCUUGGGUCUAAUAGCUUCAUUUCCGACAAUGAACUUCUGGUGAUGUGGACUCAAGAAGCCCGGUGCAGUAUCUGGAAUAACAUUUUAGCGGGUAUAAAUCAAACGUCGACCGGCUCCAAAGCAGAUGAGUUAAGAGAAUAUAUGAAAGCCAUCAAGCAGAAUCCUGACCUUCUAGACAAGCCGGCCACCGAGCAAAGGCUCACGGAAGAGUUGGGCAAAUUGGUAGCUUCCUACACAUCUCAUCCGGAUGGCAUGACGCAAGAAGAGCUAUCAAAUAUUGCCAUAGACUCCAUGAUGACUUUCGAAAUCCGGACUUGGUUCCGCCGUCAUGCUGGGCUAGAGCUAACUCUGGUCGACGUUUCCAACGCAGCAACUGCAGGAGAGCUCAGUAAGGCCGCCCUUCAGAAGAUGCGCGGCCUGUUAAACGAAGAAAAACCAGAAAAUGAGCAGCUAGUAGUGGACUCUGCUAUCGGAGAGAAUUACGAGAAGGACAUUAACUUAGGGGUCGAUCUGCAUCCCAUCCCUGGCAAGGCCCCUGAGUGGACCUCUGAGUCGGAGGGUCGCAUUUUCUUGACUGGGGCAACAGGAUUCCUCGGAGCGUUCUUCCUGGAGCAACUUGUGCGCCUGCCACAGGUAAAGUCAGUUGCAUGCUUAAUUCGAGCCCGCAAUCCUGAGUCGGGCAAAGGUCGCCUCGAGGACGCUUGUCGAAAGUUUGGAAUAUCCGCCGACCUUACGUCUAAGGUCAUCAUAGUCCCUGGAGAUAUCGGCGAAGAGAAUUUGGGACUUAGUAGGCAAAGAUAUGAUCAAUUGGCGAAGUGGGCGAGUGUUAUAUUCCAUUUCGGGGCCUACGCGAAUUACACCUUGCCAUAUUCGGUUCAUCGCACCGCCAACGUUCUGGGAUUGCUAAAACUUAUCCGGUUCGCCAAUACUGGGCGUUUAAAGGCGAUUCAUCAUUGCUCUAGCAUUUCAGCAUGCGCUAUUCCUGCGUCUCUAAGUGAAGAGACACCUGAAGAUCAAAGACCCCUUCUUGUAUCGCAGAAGAUCUCGCAAACCCUCGGAUACUCACAGAGCAAAUUUGUCUCGGAGAGUAUUGCCUGGAAUGCCAUGGAAAAUGGGUUCCCUAUUGCAAUCUACCGACCAGGAAUUGUCACCGGGCAUAGUGCCACGGGCAUAUGCAAGAAGGAAGACUUCUUCAACCGACUUUUGUCACACUGUAUUCGGCUCGGCUGCUACCCUCGAGCACCUGAUCAGCUUGCCCAAUUUGUCCCUAUUGAUUUUGUCUGCUCCGCAAUUCUUCGCAUAUCACUGAAAGAUGAUAGCAUCGGUCAUGCUUUCAAUGUCGUUCUGCCGGAUGAGGGACAGAAAAUUACACUGAAAGAUAUAUUUGACAUUUUGAGUGAUUGUGCCCCUACUCCCUUCCAGAGCAUGCCAUUUGUCGAUUGGCUAGAACAGUAUCUCAAAGCGGGAGAUUCGAAUAUCAGGGUAGUUGAGUCGGUACUUGCCGAUCGACUGGCCGGAUAUAGAUUAUGGUGGGAGGAAAUGGACCGCAUUGCUCCUUUUAGCACAGUGAAUCUACGACGUGCCCUAGCCGAUCAUCCGGACAUUCUACAAGUGAAGCCCAUGCGAGAUCUGCUCAAAACAUAUUACGAGUAUUGGAUACGCCAUGAUUAG